CGGUCCCUACGCACGGCCGGCCGGGGAGGCAGAGCGCAGCACGGCGGGACCCCGGGGCUGGUACUCGCCCCACCGGGGAAGGCGGCUGCCGAGGCGCGGGGCGGGAGGUCUCCGAGCGGGUCCCGAGCCCUGCGCCCCCCGACGGGGCGUCGAUCCCUCGGCCAGGGCGGCUCCGUCUCUGCCCCGUUCGCAGCCGGGACGGGGCGCGGGGGGCCCGGACGCGCGGUCCCUCCGGGGCGAGCGAUCCGGCCGCUUGGGAGUGGGGCGCGGGGGUGCCUCUGAGCACGAUGCCCAUGGCUGGUGCCAGCUGCAGACACUGCUGAGAGGAUGUUCACCAGCCACCCACCCAACACCUCCCUGCUGGGGGCGCCCUGCAGCCCCGGGGCACCCCUCCCCAUGCCUGUUGGCGGCUUGCGGCUGGGGAACUCCUCGGGGGGCCAAGGGGGGCCCUCGCCAGCCAUGCCCAUCUUCUCCAUGAUGCUGGGCGCUGUCUCCAACGUGGUGGCCCUGGCCAUCCUGGCGCAGUCCUACGCCCGCUUCCGGCGCCGCUCCAAGGCCACCUUCCUGCUCUUUGCCAGCAGCCUGGUCAUCACAGACUUCGCCGGGCACGUCAUCCCGGGCGCCUUCGUGCUGCGGCUCUACGCCACCCGGCUGAAAUGGGACGCCAUGGACAGCACCGGCGCCAUGUGCCAGUUCUUCGGCGCCUGCAUGGUCUUCUUCGGCCUGUGCCCGCUCUUCCUGGGCUGCGUCAUGGCGGUGGAGCGCUGCGUGGGGGUGACGCGCCCGCUGCUCCACGCCUCGCUGGUCACCUCUGUCCGGACCAAACUCACCCUGCUGGGGCUCUGGGGCUCCGCCCUGGGCAUCGCCCUGCUGCCCAUCUUCAGCUUCGGGAGCUACACCAUCCAGUACCCGGGCACCUGGUGCUUCAUCAAGGUGCAGCCAGCGGAGAGCUGGCGCGAGGUGACCUUUGCCUUGCUCUUCUCCCUGCUGGGCCUGGCCUCCCUGCUGGUCGCCCUGGUCUGCAACACCCUGAGCGGGGUCACCCUGGUGCGGGCGCGGCUGCGGACCCAGCGCAAAUGCGGGCAGCGGCGCGCCAAGGCCCACGACAUCGAGAUGGUGGUGCAGCUGGUGGGCAUCAUGGUCGUCUCCUGCAUCUGCUGGAGCCCUAUCCUGAUCUUCGUGGUGCUGGCGGUGGGUGACAGGGCCGGCUCGCUGAGCUACCAGAAGCUCCUGCUGCUGGGCGUGCGCCUGGCCUCCUGGAACCAGAUCCUGGACCCCUGGGUGUACAUCCUGCUGCGCCGGGCCGUGCUGCGCAAGCUCUGCGGGGUGCUGUGCCGCCAGCCGCCGGGCAAGGGCAGCCGCUUCGAGCGCUGGGAGAUCAGCUCCUUCCACAGCUCCGAGCGCAGCAUGGUCGGCCGCUCGUAGGCGCCCCUGUGCCCCUGGCAGCGCCUUGGCACCGGCGCCGGCUGGAGAGGCGCUCGGGAGGAGGGGGGGGACGUUGGACGCUUCUGGGGCGGACGAUGGUGCCGCACCCGCCUGGGGGGGGCCCCCCCGCUGCAGCGGUGGCAGGAGCUGAGCCAGAUGGAAAUUUGGGGCAGGGGCCAUAGGUGUCUUACUCCUGCUUCCCUGCCUGCAGGAAUGGUGCUGCCAGGGCCCACCCAGCUCCUGGCUCGAAGCAAGAGGCACCUUGGAAAUGGGGCGACAGGUUGCACAGGUGUUUGGGCAUGCGCGGGGGGGUGGUGGCGCACAAUGCCAUGGUGAAAUGCGGCAGUGGUCGUGCAGGGUGGUUUGUACUCAGAGGACCUGGCCUGAGAGGUAGCAGGGCCUAGUGGUUAUGCCAUCAGCCUGCACAUCAGGACACCGGGGUUCUGAGCAAACCAUGGCUUGGGGGAGCUCAGGGCCUGGGUCACUCCAGGG